GCGCACUCACACGGAUGCUUGGUGCAGGAUUGGCCCCGGCUCUGGAUCGCUUUCUCUCUUGUGUCCCUUUGGAUUUGGAGCUCUGCUAGGCGCAUUCCCAGGAUUAAUACCCCGAUCGCCUCCCGGAUCCCCUCUCCCUUCACCAUGCGGCUGUCCUGGAAUCCUCCCCGCGCCCUGGCCGAUCGCAGCCAGCCCCGGAUCGGAGCUCGGUGAAGGGGGACAAUGAGCGGCGACCAGGAGCCAGAUGACAGUUACGCCCGCGUGCGAGCUGUGGUGAUGACACGGGAUGACUCGAGUGGUGGAUGGCUACCGCUAGGAGGAGGUGGUCUCAGCUGUGUUACCGUGUACAAAAAUCUCCACCCUGAAGAUAACGGUUGUGCUGAUUUCCUCGUCCAUGGAGAACGGCUUAGAGACAAAACCGUGGUCUUGGAAUGCGUACUUAGGAAGGAACUUAUCUAUAAUAAAGUCACUCCUACAUUCCACCACUGGAAGAUUGGAGACAAGAAGUUUGGCCUCACUUUCCAGAGUCCUGCAGACGCAAGAGCAUUUGACAGAGGGAUACGCCGUGCCAUUGAGGACCUCACUCAAGGCUGCCCCACAUCCUCCCAUGGAGAAGCAGAGGCACCAGAGGAUGGACCCCAGGUGAGCAGAGAAGACCAUUACAACUCUCAAAACAUUGACUCCUUUUUCCAACAUGAUCCACUCCCGAUAGACGAGUUGUACCGCAGCUCUGCCAUCAGACCCUCUCCAUUUGAGAAUCUCAACCCCAGAAGGGGUUACAUGCACAAUCAGGUCCCUUUGAAGCAAAUGCGACAUGUCAGUUUCCAGGAUGAAGAUGAAAUUGUGCGUAUCAAUCCCCGGGACAUCAUUAUACGACGAUACGCAGACUACCGUCACCCAGAUAUCUGGAGGAAUGACCCAGAGCGAGAAGAGCCAGAGGUCGGUCCUCCCGCCACCAAGACAGACAGUAAAAAAUGCAACUACGUUUACUCCCCACCCAAUGGCAGAGACUCUGUUAAAGAGCAGAAAGUCCCUGGGGUAUUUAAGACUCAACCCACGUCCUCCCUGAAGAAGAGGCGGAAAGAAGAUGGAGAGCGCUCCAGGUGUAUAUACUGUCAGGAACGUUUCAACCAUGAAGAGAAUGGGAGGGGGAAGUGCCAAGAUGCUCCCGAUCCCAUCCGUCGGUGCAUCUACCAGGUCAGCUGUAUGCUAUGUGCAGAGAGCAUGCUCUACCACUGCAUGUCGGACUCCGAAGGAGACUUCUCCGACCCUUGCUCUUGUGACGCCUCCGAUGAAAACUUGUGCCUCCGCUGGCUGGCUCUAGUCACGUUAUCAUUUAUUGCCCCCUGUAUGUGCUGCUACCUGCCCCUACGCGCUUGUCACCACUGUGGGGAGAUGUGUGGCUGCUGUGGGGGGAAGCAUAAAGCAGCUGGAUGACGUACUGAUUCUUUGAUCCCAGGAAGAAUUCUUUAUUUGCCAGGUGGCUGCUGGACCGAGGCGGGCAGUUUUACAUUACGCCUCGACAGGUCUACACGAGGAGAACUUUACCGGAGUUGUCUGGGUUCAGAACGGACCAGCGUGAAUAUGUAACAGUGCCAGUUCUGAGUUUAUAUGUAUGUAUGUGUGUGUAUGUGUAUGUAUGUAUAUAUAUAUAUGUAUAUAUGUACACACACACCUUUUGUAAUUAAUAUUAUUUUAUUUUUAUUUGCCAUUCCUGUUCAAACAGAAAAAAAUGCUUAAGCCAACCGGCUAAUGAUCAGAUGAAUUAACCAUAAGAAAGGCUUAGACAGCACAUUGAUCUGGUUUAAAUAUUUGAUAGCUAAAACAAGGAAAAAAAGAGGAGGGCAAACGUACAAGAGAACAAAAGAUAUCUGUGCCCCCCCCCGCCCCGCCCCGCACAUCUCCUGGCCCUUAACCCUUUAAAGACCAAAAGUUUGCACGCACUUUUAAACGUAAAUGUGUUUCCUAUACGUCUGGCCUGCCAAGGGUUAACACAUGAUUUAAAAAAAAAAAAAAAAAAAGUAUGCGUUUUCAGGAAUAAUUAACAUUGUA